AUGGAAGUGGAAAGCAAGUCCAUGCUGUUCACAAAAAAGAAGAGGUUUUCUCACUCAACCAUUCUCAGCACCAUUUCCCUCUUCUCACUAUUUCUGAUUCUUAUCCUAUUUCACGCACAACCCUCUCCUUCCUUCUCUCCUGCCUCAAAACCCGGAGACUCGAAACUCCGAAACUCGGUUACAUUUCUUCCUCUCAAAGACACAAGGUUUGCCAACACUGCAAUGGAGGGAAACACUUGGUUCAUGAGCUCCUUGAGUGACACAUUUGAAGAAAAUGAAUCCGAAUACCUUCAUUUCCCUUCGGAUGCAUCCAACGGAAGGCUACUGUGCAUCAAAGGGAACGACAUAAAAGAUGGCACCAAAAACUCAUAUGCCUUGGCAUAUCCUGAAGGUUUACCAAACUCCACCACGUUCUUGAAAGGCCUUGCGUUUGUGUCCGACACAUUCUAUGACUACGGAAACUUGUGGCACGGGUUAACCGCCAUGAUGCCUUUCGUCGGUUGGUCUAUGAAAAAUGGAUGCGCAAAGCCGGCAAGAUUGGUACUUUUCCACUCGGGAGAGCUGAGAGUUACAGAGAAAAUGGGGUUGUGGAUUCAGAAUUUGAUGCAAGCGAAUUUCGGGCAAGUGCAGGUCGAAGAGUUCGAGAAGGGAGAAGGGCCUUAUUGUUUCGAGAAGGCGGUUGUGAUGAGGCACAAUGUUGGGAAAAUGGGGAAGAAGAAGAAGCUUCAAGUGUCCGACUUGUUGAGAUGUAAAGCAAGAGAGUUUUGUGGCAUAAACCCUAAUGGCAGACGCAGAGAGGUCAAUGUGAGAGGGGAGCCAAGCAUUAGGUUGACGUUGCUAAUGAGGAGAGGAUCAAGAUCGUUCAAGAAUCCGACGGCUGUGACUGCUGUGUUCUCAAGGGAGUGCGUGGCAGUGGAUGGGUGCACGUUAAAGGUGGUUCAGUCUGAAGAUCUGGAUUUCUGUGAUCAGGUUAGACUAAUGACAAACACAGACGUCCUUGCAUCCCCGCAUGGAGCCCAGCUAACAAACAUGCUCUUCAUGGAUAGAAACAGUAGCAUAAUGGAGUUCUUUCCCAAAGGAUGGCUGGAGCUUGCAGGGAUAGGUCAGUAUGCUCAUCACUGGAUGGCCGAUCAAUCCGGUAUGACGCACCGGGGUGCUUGGUGGGAUCCCUAUGCCGAUAAAGAAUGCCCGGAACCUAACAAACAACUCGAAUGCUUUCUGUUUUACAAAGACGGCCGAGUUGGUCACAAUGAAACCUACUUUGCAGAGUGGACACGAACUGUCCUCAAACAAGUAAGAACAAGCAAGUUAGAACAAGACAUCGAGAGUUCGCAGAGAGAUUCAAACGUUUGCCUAUGCUAGCUAGCGAAAGAUUUCACUACUUUGUAACCUUAUAUAUCUGUAACAAACAUUUGAUGAGAAAUAUUGCAUCGUUUCGUUCUCCAUACAAAAAUUGAAUAGGGUAUAGAAAAACAAAGAUAAAGAGAAAGAUGUGACAUCCCGCUAACAUGAUUAUGGGGUUGUUUUACAGUGACAGAACAAUGUUCUUUCCCAAAUGGAUAAUUUCUCCCCUAGUGUUGCUCUAAGCACAGUACUUUGAGAAGCUCGAACGAAGAUUGUAAAGAUGUUCAACGUGUUUAGUAACAUGAACAUGUGGAUAGCCUUACAAUGAAACAAGUACUUAUGUUGUCGAUGAAACCUCUUAUAGCCUUAGAAAACAGAUGUCUGGAAGGCACUAAGUAUCCAAUCUUCAUCUGAA